AUGUCUAUUCCUCCUCCUCCUCCACCACCACCACCUUUCUCUUCAUCUUUUAGCUCAAUACCUCCUCCUCCACCUCCACCGCCACUGCCUUUUAGCUCUCUUCCUGUGUCUCUUUCUUCAUUUUCCAUUCCACCUCCUCCUCCAUUACCACCGGGGCCGAUCGGAUGUGUACCACCACCACCACCACCACCUCCUCCUCCUCCUCCUCCUCCUCCUCCUUGGUCAGGAACAGGGCCUCCGCCACCUCCACCUCCUCCUCCUCCGCCUCUGCCAUGGUCGGGUGGUGGACCUCCACCUCCUCCUCCACCACCACCUCCUCCAGGAAUAUUCGAUACUCAGUCACAAAAUCAGCUUCGUCCAUACCGGAGCAACAUGUCAAUUCCAGCUCCUCCACCGCCCCCUCAAAGUGGUCAAAUCUUGAUGCCUCCACCGCCUGUGGGUGGCUGGCACCAAGUCUAUUCAACUGCUCGAAAACCUCAAAUUAAUCCUAAAAGUGCAAUGAAACCCUUAUAUUGGCAGCGAAUUCAAAUACAAGCAGGUCAAUCAUCUCAUCAUCAGAAUCAAUUCUCACCAUCACCAGUGACAAGUGAAUCGAAUGUGAAAAAAUUAUCAAGUUUAUGGGAAAAUCUCGAAGAAGAAUCUCCUGAUGAUUGGCAAGAAUUUGAGAAACUUUUCUCUCGUCAAAUAGUUGAACGUAAAAAGAAACCAACCGAUUCCUCGAAAACCAGUAACAAGGCCAAAGAACGUGCUAAUCUAUUGGACUCGAAAAGAGCUCAUAACAUAAACAUCUUAACGACAAGUUUAAAGUUAAAAAUCUCUGAGAUUGAAAGUGCUGUUUACAAUUUCGACACUUCAAUAGUUGACACUGAACAAUUACAGAAAAUUUUCGAAGUCUACGCAACAGCCGAUGAAUUAAAGAAAAUCGAAGGUCACCUUAAAAGUAACAGUUCCAUUCCAUUAGGAGAGCCCGAACAAUUUUUAUACGAUUUAUCUCAGAUUCCAUGUUUUGCCGAAAGAGUUUUCUGUCUAAUGUUUGAGAUACAAUUCGCUGAAAACAUUUCCAGUCUAGAUGGUCGACUAAUUAACUUUAAAAAUCUUUGCGACUAUUUGAUGACCAACAUUGAAUUGAAAAAUAUAUUCGCCAUCAUUUUAUCCCUUGGUAAUUAUAUGAAUGGUGGUAAUCGAGAUCGUGGUCAAGCCGAUGGAUUUGGUCUUGAAAUUUUACCAAAAUUGAAAGAAGUUAAAUCAACAGCUGAUUGUUCAAUCACUUUACUUCACUAUGUGAUUAGAUUGUACAUAGAAAAGCACAUCGUUCUCGAAGAUCUACUCGACGAACAAGGUCCAAGGGUCCAACUACCAGUUCCUGAGCCUCAAGAUUUACAGCGAGCAAGUUUAAUCAAUUUUGAAGAUAUUUCCAAAGAGAUUCAACAAUUAGCCACAUCUUUACAAUUAGUUAAAGUGAAAAUAAAGAAGGUUAUAAGUCAUGAAGAUCCUGAAACCGAAUCAAAUCACAUUGAACCAUUUAAAUCACGAAUGGAAAGUUUCCUUGAAAGAGGAUUGAAACUUCAAAAUGAACAAGAAGACAAUUUAAAAGAAUGUAGAGAAAUAUUUCCGGAGGUCAUGGAGUUUUUCAGAUGGAAACCGAAAAGUAAUAAAGAGGCCGAUUGGUGUAAGGAUUUUUUCGCUAAUUGGAUUCCCUUUUGUUACGAUUUUAAGGAUAUUUUCAAUAGAGAAAUAAUGAAAAGAAUCAAACAAGAGUUGGAUAAGAUGAAGAAAGUAGUCGAAGAGAAACAAAACCGACAGAAAGUGACCAAAGAGGAAAAGAAGAAAACUUCAGGAUUAAAGGCUAAAUUAGCGAAAAAGGGAUUAAUUAAAAUCUCUUGAGAAAAUGUGAUGGUUUUUACAAUUUUUUAGGAUGUUGAUUAUUUUUAUCUACAAAAAGACCAACGGAAAGACAUUUAGCCAAUAGUCCACUUGCAUUUGGUAUUGGUUCCUUUUUUAACGCACAAGAAGAAGCAUGGACACCAUGGAGGAAACAUCUCCGUAAUAAUAAAUCAUUGUCGCAAAUUUGAUUACCAAGAAUCAUGUGGUCAUCUUUUCUCGGAGCCAUGACACCAGCGUACCAACACUUUUUCAACAGUUCGGCUCCUUCAUCGUUUUGAAAUUGAAGUGGUGUGUUUGUUGUUGGAGAAUAUGAAGGAAAAUCAACUUCUUCAUCACUUUGCAUGAUUAAGGAGCACAAAAUGUAACAAACAAAACAAAACAAUCAAAUGAUUCACUUGCAAAACUUGAGACCAAAUCAAUAACAAUAAAUACGUAAAUUAAAUCAAA